UACUUGCCCUUAAAUAUUGUUUGAUCUUAUUUAGCAGUAAGUGUUACUUUGUGUCAUCUGUCAGGCUCUCAUUCUAAAAUUGCAAUAAUUGUGCAUGUAUUUUUAAAAAACUAAUUGUUAACUUAUAAUGGAAGCUGCACACAUAUCAGGAUGCCAAAUUGUGACACAGCUGGUGAGGAUUGGCAUCGUGGCGGCCGUAACCUACUUCUGUGCCAAGUGGCUGAUCAACUCGAUGGACCCGACCAACAAGGCCAAGAAGAAAGCCAAAGAGAUUGCCCAGAAGCAACUGAAGAAGCUCUACGGAAUGGUAGAUAAGGACUCAAAACUGAAGCUGAGUGACUUCAACAGCUACGAGUUGAUGAUAGCUUCCCACCUGGUCGCUCCCAUGGACAUCGAGGUGAGCUGGGCGGAUAUUGCCGGACUGGAUGCCAUUGUGCAGGAGUUGCGUGAGUCUGUUGUGCUACCCGUGCGACACAGCGAUCUCUUCCAGCACUCGCAGCUGUGGAAGCCCCCAAAGGGGGUGCUACUCUAUGGUCCACCCGGAUGUGGGAAGACGCUCAUUGCGAAGGCGAUUGCCAAGGAGGCGUGUAUGCGUUUCAUCAACCUGGACGUGGCUGUGCUCACGGAUAAAUGGUAUGGCGAAUCCCAGAAGCUCGCCGCUGCCGUCUUUACCUUGGCCCACAAAUUGCAGCCCUGCAUAAUAUUUAUUGAUGAGAUCGAAUCGUUCUUGCGUGUGCGAGCAACGGGGGAUCACGAGGCGACGGCCAUGAUGAAAACACAGUUCAUGAUACUGUGGGAUGGGUUGAUCAGCAAUUCGAGCUGCUCGGUUCUAGUGCUCGGAGCCACGAAUCGUCCUCAGGAUCUGGACAAGGCUAUACUUCGACGCAUGCCGGCUCAAUUUCACAUUGGGCCACCUCUGGAGCGUCAGAGAUUGGCCAUUCUUCAACUCAUCCUGCGACACGAACACCUAAACUCUUCCGUGGAUCUUAAGAGAUUAGCAAGCCUUACUUCGGGCUACUCCGGCUCGGAUCUGAGGGAACUCUGUCGUCAGGCCAGUAUCUACCGCGUGAGAGGUCUUUUGGGUGGGGAUGGAAAUGCCGAUGAGGAGCAUAAGCUGGAUGAAAAUGAGUUGGUCAUCAGCAUGGAUGAUCUACUGAAAUCCCUCGUCACCAUGAAGCUGUCCAAGUUGCGAACCGCCUGCACAUACCUCGCCAAAAAUCUCGAUCUCGACUAAAUGGUCCAAUGCACAUUUCGAGAUUGUUCAAUGAGCUUCUGUUCCUGCCUACGUAGUACAAAGUUCUGUUCCAAAUUUGAACCAUCACAACGUCUGAAUUUUUUUUCAAAAUUAAAUUUAAGUGCUUCCAUUAUUAUUA